UGCCUUGUAUUUUUGUAAUGCAAGUGGAAUUAAGGUUUAAUUUCUCCAUCGGUAGAUGAGGUCAUUAUAGAUGUAGGACCCCUCAAUGGCGGCGUCCUGUAAAACCGGGGUAAAUCAGCGGCUCACGGUCUGAUCAGUGUCUGAUCAUGAGGGUGGUCUUUGUUAUGCUGGUCUUGCUGCUGAGGGUCCAGCAUGCACACUCAGCAUCUAAAGGAGUAAUCGCCAGUCUUCAGGCCAAAUGGGCUAUGACCCCUCUGCUGCUAGAAACAAGUGAGUUCAUCAGAGAGGACAAUGAUGAGAAGUUCUGGCAGUUUGUCGAUACUGUGAAGGAGUUAACUGUUUACAAAAGUGGAGAGUCUGUCCGGUCAUAUUAUAACCUGAUCAUCAAGAAGGCUGGACAGUUUUUGACAGACCUCCAGGUCAACCUCUUGAAGCUCUCUCUAUCUCUCAGGGCUUAUUCACCAGCUGUACAUGCUUUCCAACAGAUAGCAAGUGAUGAACCUCCUCCAGAUGGGUGUGCUACUUUUGUGGCUGUCCAUGGUCAACAUGCCUGCAACACCAAGGACAUGAAGAAGCUCCUGAAGACAGCUGCUGGCAGGCCAAGACCUUAUCUAUACAAGUCUGAUCACCGGUACCCAGGAGUCAAUGGGACUGACCUGCCUGUAGUUGUUCUUUAUGCUGAAAUUGGCACUAAAGAAUUCAGCACAUUUCAUAAGGUGCUGUCAGAGCGGGCACAGGAAGGCAAACUUAUUUACAUGCUGCGACAUUUUGUGGCUGAGCCGAAAAAGCAAAGAAUGCUGUUGUCUGGAUAUGGUGUUGAAUUGGCUAUAAAAAACACGGAGUACAAAGCCAUCGAUGAUACACAGGUUAAAGAUUCCAAAUCAGCCACCACAGAUGAAGAGGAUGAAAAUGAAGUCCAAGGUUUUCUGUUUGGUAAAUUAAAAAAGUCUCACCCGGAACUUAAAGAAGAACUUGGUGAGCUGAGGAAGCAUCUUUUGGAAAGCACCAAUGAUAUGACUCCUCUUAAAGUGUGGGAGCUUCAAGAUCUCAGUUUCCAGGCAGCAUCUCGGAUCAUAAGUGCACCAAAGUUUGAUUCCCUCAAACUGAUGCAAGACCUCAGCCAAAAUUUCCCCAGCAGAGCUAGAUCAUUGACGAAGGUGGCCGUAAACCAAGAGAUGAAGAAGGAAAUAGAAGAGAACCAAAAAAGGCUGAGUGACUCAAUGGGAGUCCAUCCUGGAGAUGCCAGUCUUUUUAUUAAUGGAAUACACAUUGACCUGGACCUUCAUAACCCUUUCAGCAUCCUGGAUAUUCUCAGAGGAGAGGCUAAGAUGCUUGAAGGUCUUCAUAACCUUGGCAUCAGAGGAAGCAGCGUCAGUAAGUUCCUGUAUUUACCAACGACUACCACUGUGGAUGACAGCUACGCUCUAGACAUUCGUCACUCAGCCAUAAUGUGGGUUAAUGAUAUUGAGAAGGACUCCACUUAUCGCCACUGGCCCUCAGGUCUCCAGGAGCUCCUCAGAGCAACAUUUCCUGGUGUUAUCAGACAAAUACGCCGUAACUUCUUUAACUUGGUUUUGUUUCUCGACCCGACACAGGAAGAGAGCAUCGAGUUGGUGAAAUUAGCAGAAGUCUUUUACAAACAUAAUAUUCCACUGAGGAUUGGAUUUGUGCUGGUUGUCAGUACAGAUGAUAAAGUAGAUGGAUAUUUGGAUGCAGGUGUUGCUCUCUUUAGACUAUUAAACUACAUUUCAGAGGAGUAUGAUGAAACGCAAGCAUUUACAGCAAUGGUGUCAAUAUAUAACAGGGUGGAAGUGGGUGAGACACUGUCAGUGGAUACAAUCACUGCAUAUCUAAAAAAGAAAUUUCCCAAAGCAAAUGCUGCCAGAAUUCUUGGAGAGGACUCAAGCUAUGAUGACAACAGAAAGGCUGGAGGAUUGUUUUACAGGAAGAGUGGUUUAGGUGCCCUACCGGUGGGUCUGUUUAAUGGUGUCCCACUCAGUAGUGAGGAGAUGGACCCUGAAGAGCUGGAGACAGUUCUGCUGCAGCGCAUCAUGGAAACUACCAACUUCUUCCAGAGAGCUGUCUUCAUGAGUCAGAUCACUGAGGGUGUUGAUGUUGUGGACUUCCUAAUGGAGCAAGCAAAUGUGGUUCCCCGCAUCAACCCUCUAAUUCUGAGCUCUGAGAGGAGAUAUCUGGAUUUUACUGCCUCACCAGUUGCUGAUGACUGGGAUGACCCCACUAUGUUCUCCUACAUGGACUCCAGGGACAAAACAGCAGUUACUUCAAAGCGACUGAAGUAUUUCAUCAGAGAUGAAGAGGAGGUGGUGUAUGGAGUGACUGUGUGGAUUAUUACGGAUAUUGAACAGGCCUCAGGGAGGCUGUUGCUGCGGAACGCCUUGAAACAUAUGAAAUCCAGCGGCUCCAACUGUCGAGUCGCUGUGAUCAAUAACCCUAGCCGAAGGCCCACAGAGGACAACAGCGGUCUGUAUCGAGCCGUCUGGGCAUCACUUCUCACCCAAAGCAGCAAGAACACACUCGACUUCACUUUAAAACUCCUCAAAGAGGAGAACGUUGAGCUGCUCAAUCAGGGCACCAAGAUUAAGCACUUGCUUAAACAGGGUAUGGACCAGGAUGCAUUUGAGAAGAAGUUCAACACAAUGGAAGUAGAUUUCCUGCACAGCCAGCAGCAGUUCUGCAAGGAUGUUCUGAAGCUGAAAGCAGGACAGAGAGCUGUCGUCAGCAACGGCCGGAUCCUGGGUCUAUCAGAGGAAGAAGAGUUAAGUGUGGAUGAUUUCCAGCUGCUUGAGAAGAUCACACUUCAGACUUCAGCAGAGAAGAUUAAAGCCAAGAUCAAGCAGAUGCACUUAGACGCCCAAAAGGCCAGUGAUUUUGUCAUGAAAGUGGACGCCCUCCUGACUGCGGCACCUAAAGGAGAGGCCAGAAAAGAUGUCAAAUUUCUGAAGGACAAACACAGCGUUCUUCAUCUAGCACAGCGGGAUGAUGAGGUCUUCUUUGACGUGGUUGCUAUCGUGGAUCCUCUCACCAGAGAUGCACAGAAGUUGGCUCCUCUAUUGAUUGUGCUUGGUCAAGUGGUCAAUAUGAAAGUGCAGGUGUUCAUGAACUGUCGAGCCAAGCUGUCUGAGAUGCCCCUGAAGAGCUUUUAUCGAUAUGUUUUGGAGUCGGAUGUUUCCUUCUUCGGCAAUAACUCCCUAUCGCCUGGCCCCAUGGCCCGCUUUACCGAAAUCCCAGAAUCCCCUCUGCUCACUCUCAAUAUGAUAACCCCUGAGAGCUGGAUGGUCGAGGCGGUCAGGAGCCCGUAUGAUUUAGACAACAUCCACCUACAGGAGGUCAGUGGUGUAGUAAACGCCGAGUACGAACUGGAGUAUCUGCUCUUGGAGGGCCAUUGUUUUGACCUGUCCUCAGGUCAGCCUCCCAGAGGACUUCAGUUUACACUGGGCAUGAGACGCGAACCUCUCAUGCACGACACCAUUGUCAUGGCAAACCUGGGCUAUUUCCAGUUAAAGGCCAACCCAGGAGCCUGGAUCCUGAGGUUACGUGAGGGCCGCUCUGAGGACAUAUAUCAAAUACAGGCGCAUGAUGGUACGGACUCUCCUGCUGAUGCUGGUGAUGUCACCGUAGUGCUUAACAGCUUCCACAGCAAGAUCAUCAAAGUGAGAGUUCAGAAAAAGGCAGACAAACUCAACGAGGAUCUACUAAGUGAAGAAGCAGAAUCCAAAGGACUGUGGGACUCUAUAACAAGUGUUUGGAGUUCUUUGGAGAAAAGCUUUGCAGGUGGCCCAAGUGUAAAAGAUGGUGACCAGAAGAAGAAAGACGUUCUCAACAUCUUCUCAGUGGCCUCUGGACAUUUGUACGAGCGCUUUCUGAGAAUAAUGAUGCUCUCUGUCCUUCGACACACCACAACUCCUGUCAAGUUCUGGUUUCUCAAAAACUACCUUUCUCCCUCGUUCAAGGACACUAUUCCUCACAUGGCGAAGGCAUAUGGUUUCCAGUAUGAACUGGUCCAGUAUAAGUGGCCUCGCUGGCUUCACCAGCAAACAGAAAAGCAGCGCAUCAUCUGGGGUUAUAAGAUCCUUUUCCUAGAUGUGCUUUUUCCUCUGGCUGUGGACAAGAUCAUCUUUGUUGAUGCUGAUCAGAUUGUCAGGGCAGAUUUGAAGGAUCUGAGAGAAUUGGAUCUAGAAGGAGCUCCCUAUGGAUAUACUCCAUUCUGCGAUAGCCGAAGAGAGAUGGAAGGCUACCGGUUUUGGAAAACGGGCUACUGGGCUUCCCAUCUUGGACACAGAAAAUACCACAUCAGUGCCCUGUAUGUGGUGGACCUAAAGAAAUUCAGAAAGAUAGCAGCUGGAGACCGGCUUAGAGGACAGUACCAAGCAUUAAGCCAAGAUCCCAACAGUCUGUCCAACCUGGACCAGGAUCUUCCCAACAAUAUGAUUCAUCAAGUAGCCAUCAAGUCUCUUCCUCAAGAGUGGCUAUGGUGCGAGACAUGGUGUGACAACAAUUCCAAGGCAACUGCCAAGACUAUAGAUCUGUGCAAUAACCCAAAGACCAAAGAGCCAAAGCUGAGUGCAGCGGUAAGGAUUGUUCCAGAAUGGUCCGACUAUGACAAUGAGAUAAAGCAAUUUCUGAGAGAGGUGAAAGAGCAGAGAGAGACGGCGACCCGACAGGGAAGCUCAUCCUCAUCAUCACAGCACACGGGAACCCAACGGGAUGAGCUUUAGCGCCGAGUGCUCACAGCGGCAUAGAGGAGAGUGAUGAUUGCACCUGAUCUUCCUGCGAUGCUUGAAGUCGACACUCAUAUAGAGAUGUUUUCUCCAACAUACACCAGGAAAUACCGUUACACUGCAGCAUGGUGAAUACUGAGGAAAUGCACGCUAAAAUAAAUGGUUUUAAAGAACUUCAUGCCAUUUUUGUAAUGUAUAUAUGAUUUUGAAUGAAGGUUCAAUCUUUCUGACUUUUAGAUGUAAACUCUGCUGAACACAUUAAACUGAUUUUGUAAUAUUGUUAAAAGGAAGGAUUAAAGAUAUGUGUGUUGUGAUGUUUUUGGGCAUUGGCACUGGUUUACAUAUAGUGUAUUUAUAAAGGAAAUAAUGUCAAUACUGUGUACAUUCCUCCAUUGAAAACUAUAAAUGUACUGUUUUGCAUUUCAUGUAAUCGUUUCAAUGAAUUCCGUCACCAUUUUUUUCAUCUUUGUGUCAGCUCGUGUCUUUUUAAUUAUGUAUUGAAUUUGCUUUCUCAGUGCAGAAUACACUACAACAUUGAGCUCUCUGAGCUUCAAUCCCCAAAACUACUGUAAAGUAGGUACAGUGAAUACUAUCAUAUCGCAAAUACUAAAUAUCUAAUGAGGUGUUACUUAUAAGUUUCGUGUUUUUUAUGUUUUCAAACAAACAUUUUACUAUGCCUUGAAUGUACAAGGAUGUGGAUUAUCUCAGGAAUAAAGCGAUAUUUUAUUCUGA